UGAUAUCACGCUUCAGUCCGCGGCUCACCGUCUGGCCCAUCACGUCGCAAUUAAAUUCUGUGCCACUCACCACACACUGGACUUACAAUCAAUUUAAAACAGAAAAUUCAUUUCCUGCAGUCAAAAAUGAAGGUUUUUUGUAGUUUAGCUGUGUUGGCUUUAGUAGCGAUUGGAACAAAUGGUCAGUCCAACUACAAAUGUCCAGCGAAAGACGGACAGUAUGAGGAUGCCCGCCAGUGCGACAAGUUUUACCAGUGCGUUGACGGUUUCGCCACGGAGAAACUUUGCCCGGACGGUUUGGUUUUCGACCCGUUGAUUCGUAAGAUUAACAAAUGUGACCAGCCCUUCAAUGUUGACUGUGGCGACCGUACCGAAUUACAAACCCCAGUUGGUAACCGUCUGUGCCCACGUCAAAACGGUUUCUUCGCGCAUCCGGAACCACAUGUCUGCAACAUCUUCUACAAUUGCAUCGGAGGUGAAGCUACUGAGAUCAAAUGCACCAAUGGUUUACAUUUCGAUGAAUAUUCGGGAACUUGUGUGUGGCCAUCUGCCGCUGGUCGCCAGGGCUGUGAUGACAGCAAGGUGAACAAACUCAAGGACGGUUUCGAAUGCCCCAAGGUCGAGCAAACCGACGCCAACGGCCAAUUGGUUGUGCACCCGAAAUUCGCGCACCCCACCGACUGCCAACGCUUCUACGUCUGCCUGAAUGGCAUGGAACCCAGGGAUUUGGGUUGCCAAGUUGGUGAAGUCUACAAUGAGGAUACACAACGUUGUGAUGCACCAGAAAAUGUCCCUGGAUGUGAGGAUUGGUACAAAGAUGAACCAGCUGCAAAACCAGCAAAGAAACAAUAAACUCCUGGACGAUGCCAUGAUCCGAGGAGAGUAUAUGCGUGUGGUUAGCGAGUAGUGCGUUUUGAUCAAGGGAAAGCGUUUUAGCUUUCACUUGAUCCAAUACACACAUACACUCGAGCCCGACCACGCCGAGAAGAAAUUCAGUUGUUACACAACAACGCCAACAACGACUCAUUUUUUAUACUCUUGUAAUCUAAGACUUCUUAUUCUAAUUAGUUAGUGAUAAUAAUGUGUAAUGUAAUGUUAAUCGAUUAGGAAAUAAAAUAUGAAAAA